AGCGCAGCUUUACGCAGAAUCUGCAGGCAUGGUUCUCCGGUGCGCCCAGACCAUUCCUGCGGUGGUGCUGCUGAUUCUGGCCAUAGUCGGGAUUCUGCUUGUGGUCCUUCCGACUGAAGAGAUGAAACAGCAUCCUCAAAACAUGUAUGGAAUCGUUUUGGAUGCAGGCUCAUCCCACACCUCCAUGUACAUUUACAAAUGGCCGGCUGACAAGCAAAAUGGCACAGGUAUCGUUACUCAGCAUGAUGAGUGUCACGCAAAAGGUGGAGGUAUAUCCAGCUAUGCAGGAAUUCGUGGUGGAGCAGCAAAGAGUCUGGAGGCCUGCCUCGAACAAGCUGUGAAGGUCAUCCCCAAAUCCAGGCACCACCAAACUCCACUCUGCUUGGGAGCCACUGCAGGCAUGAGGCUCCUGAACAUAGUCAAUGCCACAGAGUCCCAGCAGAUACUGAAGGAAGUCGAGAAAAAACUGAGAUCCUACCCUUUCAAGUUCAAGGAGGCAAUCAUCCUGAGCGGGCAGGCGGAGGGGGCAUAUGGAUGGGUUACAGUCAACUACUUACUUGAACACUUUGUCAAGUAUGGUUUUGUGGGCCAAUGGCUGAAUCCAGGCAGAGAGACAGUUGGAGCUUUGGAUUUGGGUGGAGCUUCCACUCAGAUUACUUUUGAGACCUCUGAAAAGGUGGAGAAUGAGAGUAAUAUGAUGGAGCUGAAGCUUUAUGGCCAAAUCUACAGACUAUACACGCAGAGCUUCCUGUGCUACGGUCAAGACCAAUUUCUGAGGAAACUGCUGGCUCAUCUUAUCGAGACUCAAGGUGUGAAGCCUCAGGUGUUCCACCCCUGCUAUCCACGACAGUUCAACACAUCUAUUAAGCUGGGACAGGAUGUCUUUGAUUCUGUGUGUACUAAGAACUACAGACCAGCCCAGUUUGACCCUCAUAUGACUGUAACUGUGGUGGGCACAGGAGAUUACAGAAGCUGCCUGGACAGUGUAAGGAAGAUGUUCUCGUUUGGUAGCUGCCCUUACUCCAAGUGCUCCUUUGAUGGAGUCUUCCAGCCCAGCCUGAGAGGAAGCUUCAUGGCUUUCUCUGCUUUCUACUUCACUCACAGUUAUAUAACCCGUCUGACCAACAUCCCAAUCACGUCUCCUAAUCAAACGGAGGAGGCAAUCCAGCUCAUCUGCAACAUGACAAUGUCUGAGAUGAUGGAAAAGACAAAGCAAUCAGAGAAAUACGUGAAAAAUGUCUGUGCCGUAUCCAGUUUUGUCCAGGUCCUCUUAACACAGGGCUACCAUUUCGAUGAAGCUUCCCUUCCUUCCAUCUCUUUUCAGAAAAAGGCAGGAGGAGCAUCUGUGGGCUGGGCUUUGGGAUACAUGCUGAAUCUGAGCAAUUUAGUACCAGCAGAGAGCCUUGGACUGAUGAAGGCUCUGCCUUCAGGGCCCUGGGCUGGCAUCCUCUUCCUCUUCGUCGCCCUCUUAUUCAUCGCUCUGGGAUACCUACUGAUGAUUUACAGAAACACAAAAGCGAGAGAAGACAUGGUGUAAGAGCAAGGGUGACACACCUCCUAGGCCGGCACAUAUUCUCUAAAUAUACCAAUCUUAAACUUUUAAGAAAUUGCAAGACCAUUUUAAGAUUUUUUUUGGUUCCAGUUUAUGUGACUGUGUAUAUGUGAAAUCAACAUAGCACAACAUGCCCUGUGCAGUUUUCUUUGCAAAUUAUCAACCUUUUAAAUUGUUUACUGAAAUGAAAGGACAAGCCAUAGUUUUGUGUAAAUGUUCCAGAUUCAUUAUGUAAGACUACACCCACUUGCAGUGGCAUUAUUUCCUAUGUUUUCUUCUUGCUGUGACAGAAACAGCCCACGUGUGUUUUAGAAGACACUCGAGGCAAUGUUAGCAGUCACAAUUUCCUAUAACUUAAGACAGAACUAUUUACAUUCCAAUGAGUCCUCAACUGUGCUCAUAGCAUCUGUGGAGUUUGUUUUUUUCCCAGCAAAAUAAUCACCUGAAUAAAUCUGUGACCUUUAAGUCUCA